AUGUCUUGUAAAACUGUUCAUAAGGGCAAGUAUUACGUCUCCUUUAAAAGAGGUUUUGAAGACAGUAAAAAAGACGUGACUGUAAUAAUUGAGAAAGUUUUCGAAACUGAUGUCUUGAAAAUAUCUCUCUCAGAUGAUGAUGAUCCUACAUUCUUAUGUGUGUUGAUUAUAAAUCGGAUAGACUAUGAAGAUCUAAAAAAGCAGCAAGGCUUACUUGUAGAUUUUGAGAAUUUUCCAUCACAACUUAUUCGAUUAUUGCAACAAUGUGCUUCAAACAACAUGUUCCUGAUAAUGCAACAGACAAACCCAAUGCAAUAUUAUUUUGAGGUGAUAGAACACAAUGAGUUCAAAAGGCUUGUACAUUUAUCACUCAAGACAGGACCGGCUACAGAUACUGAUAUUAAGAAGCAUAUGGCUGAUACUAUUAUGAACUUAAAAAGGACUUUAGCAUCUGUAAAGAGCACAGCUGUCAGCACUGAAACUAUAUUAAACGACAAGUGUAUGAAUCUUGAAAGAAAAAUACAUGACUAUAAUCACAAUAUUACUAGAAUGGAGGAAGAGAAACUGAAAUUAGAAAUAGAGUACAAGGAGUCCUUAAAGCAAGAGAGAGACAAACUAAUGCAGGAAAAACAGCAGUGGCAACAAAAUGCAGAGCACACCAUGAAAAACCAGAUUGCCUCAUAUCAAGACAGUCUAAAUAGAAAAGAGGCCCAAGUUAAUGAAAUUAAUUUAUUAUGUAAGCAGUUGAAAGAAAACAUUAAUCACUUAGAAAGUCAACUGAGUGACAAGAUCCAGUGUCAAAAUGUGCUAGAAAAAGAAGUACAGAAAUCACACAUUGAGGUAGCCACCCUCAAGGCAAAAAAUGCUUCUUUAGAGAGAGAUUACAUGGAAAAAGAUAAAUUGUAUAAUCAAACAAAUGCUAAAUGUGUUUAUUUAGAAAAGACAAUAAAAGACAAUGCAGAUACAAUAAAGGAUUUGAAUAGCAGCAUUCAAAUUCUGAAAAAAGAAAAGCAAAGUUUAGAGGAGAGAUUGGCACUAAGUGAAUCAUUAGUAAAUAAAAAUAAUGAUGCCCUUCAUUCAACAUCAGAACAGCUUCUGAAAGCAAACCAAAUAAUAUCUAAACAGAGUUCUGACCUCAUAGAAAUGAAAGAAAAGUUACUAUGCAGAACAGCAAUAGCUCUAGAACAAGAAAAAGUCAUAGAACGUAAUACAAAUGAUAUGGAGGAACUGAAGAAGCAGAUAGUUAACACAGAAGAAAGUAUGGACAAACUGCAAAAGGAGCUUGAUGACUUGAGAGAAAAGUAUGAAGCUAACGAAAAAGCACUUCGUGAAAGAGAUGAAACUAUUAAGAAUAAUAAUAUGGUGAUCCAGUGGCUACAUAAAAAAAUGGAUAAUUUUGAACCAAUGUCAUCACAAAUUAAUCAAAAACAGGGUAUUUUGAUGGCAACCAGUUCUACGCCAUAUUUUCUUUCGAGAAAUAACAAUCACACUGAUUCACUGCAUGGUAUAUCAGAAGAAUCUAUAGACUUUUAUGGGACUACCAAAUCUGGAUCAAAUCACGAAGAAUCGCCUGGUCCCGAAAGUCAAGAAAAAACUAGUAAAGUUGGUCUAGAUCCAAAGUAUCUACAACCGGCAGUGAAUGAUAAUAAACUUAUGUUUUCUAAAGACGCUAAGAGCAAGAGUUCUAACCAGCAAAGUCAAAAAGGCAAAGAAAAUAUUAAUUUACCAAAAGUUAACUACAGAGAAAAGAAGUCGGCUCGUGGUUCUACAUAUCGGGCUACUCCAGUCUCGGCCUAUUUUCCGUAA